UUUACCUUUAUUUGAAUGUGCUAGAUCAACAUGUAAUUACUGAUUUUUCUGUAUAGAAAUGCUUCUCCUGAGAGGGAGCAGUAUGAAAUGCUGCCGGAAGUAGUGGAUCCACUGCAACCUACGCCGCAAGUGGAUCCACUACAGCCAUCAACAUCAUGGCAACCUACGCGCCGCCCUUAAUAGUAUUGCCGGCUGACGUCGAGUUUGGUAAAUAUCAUAUUAUUAAUGCGUGCCCAUUGCCACUUCAGUGCGCUAAACUUGUAAUAUUACUAACAUUUAUCAUUUUUAUACAGUUAACAACGAGGAGAGUGACGAUGAGAGACAGAUCGGAGACAGCGACGGUUCCGUUGGUACGGCAGAGGCGGACAAGAAAUGCUUCUCCUGAGAGGGAGCAGUAUGAAAUGCUGCCGGAAGUAGUGGAUCCACUGCAACCUACGCCGCAAGUGGAUCCACUACAGCCAUCAACAUCAUGGCAACCUACGCGCCGCCCUUAAUAGUAUUGCCGGCUGACGUCGAGUUUGUUAACAACGAGGAGAGUGACGAUGAGAGACAGAUCGGAGACAGCGACGGUUCCGUUGGUACGGCAGAGGCGGACAAGGUACCCAACUCGCCUAGUUCUCUAGACUCAUUGGUUUCAUUGGCCUGUCAACCACUGAAAACUGGGCGAAUGUAUGCAGAGAGUAUUUUAACAAGGAGAUCACAGACUCUGUAGCGUAGGGUCUUCAAUAAAAAGA